AUGGAGGUACUGCAAGACAUGCAACGACUGGACAGGCGGAUUAUGGAGAUCAGAAAUCUGCGAAAAUUGAUUGACGAGAAGCUAGACAUUGACCUUAACGGAGAUGUGGGAAGUUACCUGAACGCUCUAGCCAAUUUUCACCUUUUGGAAAAAAAAAAAAAAAAUUCCAAAUUGGUGGUAAGCUCCGAGGAACUCAGAAGCUGCGGCAACAAAAAGGGCCGAAGGAAAUCGAGAAACAGCAUCUCGUCGAAUAUGGGCGAGCGAGGAAGGAAAAACGAAAAUAGGAAUAGCAACUCGAACGGAAACGGCGGGAGUCGCGAUGGGGGCCGCGCCGGAGGAAGCGCAGGAAGCGGCGGGUACAGCGGAGGAAACGGCGACGAUCGUGAUAAUCGUGACAAUCGCGAUGAUCGUGACAGCGAUGACGAGGAAAAGGGAACCCCCCAAAGUGACGACGACCAGGACAAUGACAAACCCAAGAAGGCCAAGAACAAAAAAGAAGGUCAGGAAUCCGAAGAGGAGAAAGAGCGAGGAGGAGAAGCAGCAGUCGAAGGGGCAAGCCAAUUAACCGAAGAAACGUACGACUAUGCGGGCGAAGUGACUCAAAGAAAGAAGCUCGAGCAGUUGAAGUUGUCAGGGGGCAUGCAGCUGAUCGUGACCCCCGAAAUGGUCAAUGCACAGAUGAGUACAGAAGAGGCACAGGAAAAAAUAGCAAACACUGAUGAGGACAACGACAUAAUUAACAUGAUUAACGACAACGCGUCGUCCAUUCGGGAAUCCAGCUUUGAAGAUUCGCACAUCAAGGCCUGCCUGUUAGAAAAUAACUUGGGGGUUCCCAGGAUAUCACCAGAGGAGGCUCAAAAGAUCGGGAAGAAAAUCGUGAGCAACCCGUAUACGGCCACCAGUUGUGAGGCAGAAACGGAUGAGCAGUACGCACGGGGAGACACCCUUGGGGAGAGCGGCAUUCGGGAGGGCGGUAUUGGGGUGAAUGGCAUCGAGGAGGGCGAUAUUGAGGAGAGUGGUAUUGAGGAGAGCGGCACAAUGCAAAAAGGGGGAGAGGACCUUCCAGGUUCCCAACUCAGGCGCUACAAGACCGAGGCCAUCAACAAGUGCAUCCAAAGGCAGCAGACGAAGAUAAAGCUAAACAACGUGUUGACCGAGCUCAGGUUUAAAAGCACACACCAAAUUGAGUACCCCAAGGGAGAAGACUCGGAAGAGCAGAGCCUAUCCGGAAGAGACAUGAACGAUGGUUUGAACUGUAUGAAGACGCAAGAGAAAAACUCUCACACGAAUGAUCAGCAACAAGGAAGCUUCAACGACGCCAAUGGACAAGACUACACCGACUUUGUUAAACACUAUGCAACACGCGCUGGAAACUUCUACAGAGAUGUGGCGAAACCAAAAGUUGAAAAAAUGAUGAAUUCACAGUCGCAAUCGUUUGCACUAAAAAAUCCGUAUAGGAAUGGAGCAGAUUUAUCGAACCUCUAUGACAGUUACGAAUUUCACAGAUCAUUGUCUACCUCUAUGCAAAAUGGAGACACGAAGAGAGAAGCAGACGAUUGUAACUUAACUAAUUACCUGACCUGUUCAGGCGAUAAGCAGAUAAAUAAAUACUUCGAAGAGAACAUGAACUGCUUGACUAAUCCAUUGGCCGAAAUGAAAAAGUACAUUCCUACCCAUUUGGGCUAUUACGAGAAAUUUAAUUACUCCAAGGCGCUGGACACGAUUAGGAACUACGACUGCACGAAUGCCAAGGAGUAUGUCCAAAAUUAUGACUGUGUGCAGGGCGCGCGCGCGUUUGUGGAGGAGAACAUCUGCGGGGGGGGCGUGGCACGGGUGACGGAGCACGUCAAUUUGGAAAACAUGAGAAAGCACGUCAGUCUAGAGAACGUACGAAAGCAUGUCAAUUUGGAGAACGUACGAAAGCAUGUCAAUUUGGAGAACGUACGAAAGCACGUCAAUCUAGAGAACGUACGAAAGCAUGUCAAUUUGGAGAGCGUACGAAAGCACGUCAAUCUAGAGAACGUACGAAAGCAUGUCAAUCUGGAAAAUGUGAAGAAGCACGUCAACCUGGCGGGCUUGGCCAAUCGCAUCAACAUAAGAAGCAUCACGGAGCACAUCAACGUGGAGCACCUGAAACAGCGCCUAAGAGCAGAGGGACUCCUGAAUGCACAGUGCUUCGGUGCGAAUUACAACAUCCUCGGAGAGGAAUACAAGAACUAUGUUAAUAAGUACAUCGAGGAGGUGAAGAAAUCUCUUCAUGAACAGAAGGAACACUACACACAAGGCGCCAACUGCAAUGCACACCUGAUGAAUAAUAAGUUUGUCAAACUAGCUGCAAAGAACAUUUGUAAUUUGGGAAACGUUUACCCCAGAGGUAAAGGCAAAUUUCACUGGAACAAUCAUAAGAGGUACAUUGUCUUCAAUCAUAGGAGGUAUGUCAGGUUGUUUGAUGCAUGCUACAAAAAGAGGGUCCAGUCGGUGAAGAAAAAAAUCAAGGUGAAUAAGGAAUUUUUUGACCACUACUUUAAAGCGUGCACAAUUGAUUUUAAUAAUGACAAGGACAUGGAGUCAAAUGAUGUGUCCAGAAGUGCUGCCUCCCUCUUUGACUAUGGCAACAUCGAGAUCAAUUCGCUCGAACAAGGCAGUUCUCUAAACCUAUCGGACAUGCGUCUUCCGUCGGUAUUUAACACUUCCGGUUCUGCGUCCAACCUGCAGAGGGCAAAUAGUAAUGGUGACUCCGAAAUGGUGGGAAGUUUGCAGGGCAACUCGAAGGAAGGGGAAAAGAGAUCCAACGGAGACACGGGGGAAGAUGCAUACGGUGAUGCUUCCGCUGAUGCAUAUAGUGAUACUUACGAUUACGCCAACGUGGACGAUGAGGAAGUAAACAUCCCCUGCUUCCCACAGAGGGGACAGAGACUGAGGCAUUUAAAGGGAGUCCUCCCAGACAGUGGAGGAAUCGAAAGCGACAUCAUUUACGAUCAGCAGAAAAAUAUCUUCUUCGACUUUAACGACAAUGCUUAUGUGCACGUUAAGGGGAACUUAUAUUUCAACGUCAAGGAUAGAUUAUUUUACGAAAUUGAGUACCCCGAUGAUUUCUCCUACGAAAAUGUCAGGAAGGGGCUGCUCCAAUUCGGCCACUUCCUCGUCACGGAGAAGUAUGCGCCCUGCAAACUUAUCAUGCGACUCUGCACCCGGUUUAAUGCGUUCAUGUACAACUUCCUCCGUGUCCACAAGUACAACGUUUUUUACGCGGACAGGGAGAACAUCGUAGAGAUCAUCAUCAAGUGA